GGGUAAAUGGUGCAAAAGACGGUAUUGAAGGUGCAAUUAUCAUGCGAGAAAUGCAAGAAGAAGAUCCUGAGAUCAGUUUCUGGUCUUCAAGGUGUAGAUAAAAUAGAAAUUGAUGGAGCCAAAGGAACAGUAACUGUAACAGGAGAUGCAGAUCCUUACGAGAUAAUUUUACAAACAAAAAAGGCAGGAAAAUUCGUGGAAGUGGUGACAAUAGGACCUCCACCCGCUCCUCCAAAGAAACCAGAGGAAAAGAAACCCGAAGAGAAGAAACAAACAGAAAAAAAACCUGAGGAAAAAGUUCACAUGCAUCCUUACGAUAACCACAUGAGAUACGAUUGUAUUAUUUGUCAACAAAUGGGCAUGGGUUGUAUGAUGACUAUUUACGAACAACCAAAUCCUGCUUGUACCAUUAUGUGAAGUUUUCCGUAACUCUAGAGAUCCUAAAUUUGUCAU